CUUUAGAAAGAAAAGAAGAAAAGAUUGCAUAGAUUUAAUAGAGAGAUGGCCCCUCCUCUUUAUAGUGGCUUCAACGGCGAAAUCGAUGCUGAAAACCCAUCUUUUUUUCUUGAUCAAUGGGAAACGGUUCACCCUGCCCCUGUGUAUUAUCAUCACCAACCCAUUUCGGAGAACAUCACUGAUGAUUCUUCGACGUUGGUCCUACCCUCUUGCGAUGGAACCAUCAGGGAUAACAAAAGGGUGAAGAGAACCGUGGGCAUCCCCGUUUGGCUAGGAACUUUUAGCACUUCAAGCAGCAACAUAAACAACCCUAGUUUCCUCAACAGCAACACCAGUAAUAGGAAUAGGAAUAGCAUACCAAAGCUUCAUUUCAGAGAUCACAUACGGACUUACACUCAGAGAUAUCUGGCAGUAGAAGAGGCAGAAGAAGAAGCGAAAAGUUCAGAAAGUGGUGGAAGCUGUGAAGAAGAAGAUGGUUGUGCUGAUGGAGUGAGGCUGGUUCAGCUUCUAAUAGCUUGUGCCGAAGCAGUGGCUUGUCGUGACAAAUCACACGCAUCAAUAUUACUAUCCGAACUCAAAGCCAAUGCUUUAGUAUUCGGCUCCUCGUUCCAAAGAGUAGCAUCAUGUUUUGUCCAGGGCCUCACCGAGAGGCUUAAUCUGAUUCAACCAAUCGGGUCCGUGAGCCCGAUGCCCCCCAUGAUGAACAUCAUGGACGCAGCCUCGGAAGAAAUGGAGGAAGCAUUCAGGUUGGUUUACGAGCUGUGUCCGCACAUUCAGUUUGGACACUUUGUGGCUAAUUCCACAGUAUUGGAAGCCUUUGAGGGUGAGAGUUUCGUCCAUGUCGUGGACCUGGGCAUGAGCCUAGGUCUACGACAUGGGCACCAAUGGAGAGGACUAAUCCAGAGCCUCAGCAACCGCGCAAACGGCGAACCUGUUCGCCGCUUGCGGAUCACGGGAGUGGGGCUCUGCGAAAGGCUCCAAACCAUCGGUGAUGAACUCUCCGUUUAUGCAAACAACUUGGGCGUUAACUUGGAAUUCUCAUUAGUGAGAAAAAAUUUGGAAAAUUUGCAACCUGAAGACAUAGAAGUGAGGGGGGAAGAGGUGCUGGUGGUGAACAGCAUUCUGCAGCUGCAUUGCGUGGUGAAGGAAAGCCGCGGAGCUUUGAAUUCAGUGCUGCAAAUGGUUCACGGGCUUGGGCCGAAGGUGUUAGUGAUGGUGGAGCAGGACUCGAGUCACAAUGGUCCCUUUUUUCUUGGAAGGUUUAUGGAAUCGCUGCAUUACUACUCUGCUAUAUUCGACUCGUUGGAUGUUAUGUUUCCGAAGUAUGACACAAAGCGUGCGAAGAUGGAGCAGUUUUACUUUGGUGAGGAGAUAAAGAACAUUGUGAGCUGUGAGGGGCCGAUGAGGAUGGAGAGGCACGAGAGAGUGGACCAGUGGCGAAGGAGGAUGAGUAGGGCAGGGUUUCAGGCUGCGCCUGUUAAGAUGGUGGCUCAGGCAAAGCAAUGGCUUCUCAAGAACAAGGUUUGUGAAGGGUACACGGUCGUGGAAGAGAAAGGGUGUUUGGUUCUUGGGUGGAAAUCGAAGCCUAUUGUCGCGGUUUCUUGUUGGAAAUGCUGAGCUGAAUCUUAAAUUAAAGUUUGAUAUAUCAAUGUCAAUAAAUAACAGUUUCAUGCAUGCAUGAGAGGGAGCUGUUGUGUGCUUGAAUAAUAUGUUUUCGUACGCCCGGUGUGGAUUUGACCCAAAUGGUGUUGUUCAACGCACUAAAUAUUUGGGUGAGAAUAAUUUUUCUUUCAGAUGAAAUAAAUUUAUGACUUGUUGUUUUGUGUGCAUAUA